CAACGAGAAACUUCAAAAGAAAGAAAAAAGAAAAAAAAGUACGGAGGAAACAGCUAAAAUGUCCUCCUACGGCAAAGUCGACGAGCGUGAGCAAGUAAUGCUCGAAGCUCGUCGUAAGUCGAGAAAGAGAAUCGCAAUCAUCGUGGUUUCUCUAGUCGUUCUCGCCGGAAUCGUGACCGGAGCCGUGUUCGGAACCAUGUCUUCCAAGAAGUCAACGACGGUGGAGACUAACGUUAACGAAGACUCAAUCUCCGUUUCCGUUAAAUCCGUUUGCGACGUUACACUACACAAAGACAAAUGUUUCGAAACCGUCGGAUCAGCUCCAAACGCAAGCAGCCUCAAUCCAGAACAACUCUUCAGAUACGCAGUCAAAAUCACAAUCGAUGAGGUCUUAAAAUCUCUCAACGCAUUCUCUUCAACCGCCGACGACAACCCGGCCAUGAAUGCUUGCGUCGAGCUUCUUGACCUGACGAUAGAUAACCUCAACAACACGCUAACGUCGUCUUCAAACGGUGACGUCACGGUACCUGAGCUAGUCGAUGACCUCCGCACGUGGCUGAGCUCAGCCGAGACGUACCAAGAGACUUGCGAGGAGACGUUGGCUGAAUCCAACGAUCCAGAACUGAAGACGUUGGGAGCAAACCAGCUCAAGAACGCAACGGAGAUGACGAGUAACGCCUUAGCGAUCAUCACAUGGCUCGGGAAGAUCGCUGACUCCUUUAAACUCCGGAGGCGUCUGCUUACUGCUGACGUGGCGGUGGACUUCCACGGAGGUAGGAGGUUGUUGCAGAGUACGGAUUUGAGGAAAGUGGCGAACAUUGUUGUGGCGAAGGAUGGCUCGGGGAAAUAUAGAACGAUAAGUAGAGCUUUAAAGGAUGUGCCUGAGAAGAGUGAGAAGAGAACCAUUAUAUAUGUGAAGAAAGGAGUUUAUUUUGAGAAUGUGAAAGUGGAGAAGAAUAUGUGGAAUGUUGUUGUGGUUGGAGAUGGAGAGAGCAAGAGCAUUGUCUCCGGUAGACUCAACGUCGUCGAUGGAACUCCCACUUUUCAGACCGCCACGUUCGCUGUAUUCGGAAAAGGGUUUAUGGCAAGAGACAUGGGCUUCAUCAACACAGCCGGUCCAUCCAAACACCAAGCCGUGGCUCUAAUGGUGAGCGCCGAUCUCGCUGCCUUUUACCGUUGCACAAUGAACGCAUUCCAAGACACGCUUUAUGUGCACGCGCAACGCCAGUUCUACAGCAGCUGCACCAUCAUCGGAACCGUAGAUUUCAUCUUCGGCAACUCAGCUUCUGUUCUCCAGAACUGCAAGAUUCUCCCUCGCCGACCAAUGAAAGGACAGAAGAACACAAUCACGGCUCAGGGACGGAAAGAUCCGAACCAGAACACUGGAAUCUCGAUUCACCGUUGCAACAUCUCUCCGCUCGGUGACCUAACCGACGUUCAGACGUUUUUAGGUCGGCCGUGGAAAAACUUCUCGACGACUGUGAUAAUGGAUUCAUUUUUGCACGGGUUUAUUGACCGGAAAGGUUGGUUGCCUUGGACCGGAGACUCGGCACCGGAGACGAUAUUUUACGGUGAGUAUAAGAAUUCCGGCACUGGUGCGUCGACGAAGAAUAGGGUUAAGUGGAAGGGACUGAGGUUUCUGAGUACGAAGGAAGCGAAUAGGUUUACGGUUAAACCGUUCAUCGACGGAGGAAGAUGGCUUCCGGCGACGAAAGUGCCAUUCAGGUCCGGUCUCUGAGUUUGUUUUCCGGUAACGAGAUUUCCAAUUCAAAUCUCAUAUAGUUUUGGAUAUGUGUAUUUAUAUAUUUUUUAAAUAUAUAUAAUGUAAAUGUUACUAUUAUACUCUUAUAUCAUUGUUUGAUUGAUUGAAUUCAAAUUUCAUUAUUUUAAAACAAUAAGAAAGAUUUAACAUAUUGU